AUGGCGCUGGGGCCUGCGCCCGCUCCAGCGGCCGUGUUUCCUGCGUCGGCCGCUGCUCCGCCUCACCCACCGAUGCUGAUGCUGCCGACGCUCAACUUUUCCGUGGGCCAGGUGGCCGCCGUGUGCGAGACGCUCGAGGAGAGCGGUGACGUGGAGCGGCUCGGCCGCUUCCUGUGGUCGCUGCCCGUGGCGCACCCAAACUGUGCCGAGCUGAACAAGAGCGAGGCGGUGCUGCGCGCCCGGGCGCUGGUAGCCUUCCACGCGGGAAACUUCCGCGAGCUCUACCGGAUCCUGGAGGGCCACCGGUUCGCCAGAGGCUCGCACGCCAAGCUGCAGGCUAUGUGGCUCGAGGCGCAUUACCAAGAAGCCGAGAAGCUGCGCGGCAGGCCUCUGGGACCCGUGGACAAGUACCGGGUGCGCAAGAAGUUCCCGCUGCCGCGCACCAUCUGGGACGGCGAGCAGAAGACGCACUGCUUCAAGGAGCGCACGCGUUCGCUGCUUCGAGAGUGGUACCUCCAGGACCCCUACCCGAACCCGACCAAGAAGCGGGAGCUGGCGCAAGCUACGGGGCUGACGCCUACCCAGGUGGGCAACUGGUUCAAGAACCGGCGCCAGAGGGACAGGGCGGCGGCCGCCAAGAACCGGUGA